AGAGUAGCUACUCGCUUUCACCUAUUUACUACCACAACCACCCACACAGCGAAAAACGUCAGAAUGGUUGAAUACUGGGAACCUGGCACUCAAUACGACUACGGAUCUGUUGUGAUCUUCGACGAUGUUAAGUACAAGAUCAUUCAACCCCACAGAUCUCAGUCGGACUGGACUCCUCCUGCAACCCCCGCACUCUGGGGGCGUAUGCAGGAGCACCACGGCCAUCACCAAAGCUCUCAGCAAUGGGGAGAGGAUUGUAAACCUCAGCCUCCUGCUCCAACCUACGGAGAACAGCCUCAGGCUCCAUUGUAUCAACAACCGCAGCAACCUCAACCCCAAGCUGAGCCCACCCACGAAGAGCGCAAGAAACACUGGUACGACUUGGACGAUCAUCGCAAGAAGGAGCUCGAGGUCGGAGGCGGGAUUCUUGCUGGUGUUGCCCUUUUGGGUGCUGGCUACCAGGCGUACAAGUCACACGAGAAAUCCGCCGAGGAGAAAAAAGCGCACCUUUGGUCGUUGAACAACUGGAUUACCGAGGCACAGUCACGAACGUACCAGUACCGAAAUGGAAACUACCCUAGCCCCGUAGCCUGGGUACUCACCCAGGGUAAGAAUAUCCCGACUGAUGCAAUUGAAGGAGGGUAUGAGCGUGGUGAGCCGCUGUAUAUUUGCCGUGCAUACCAGGAUGGUGGCUUGAUGAUUGGCAAAGCGUCGUCCGUAUUUAAGAAAGGUGCCGUUAUCGGAUACAAGAAAGAAGAAAUCCACCUUGACCAGUACGAAAUCCUCGUCGGGAAUCCGAGAGCUGUGCGAUGGGUGAGCGUUUCGGGUACGCUGAAAGUGGAACAUCUUGGCUACGUGCCUGUCGAGGGAGGUUCUGAACCGUCAGGUGAUAAGCAGUACAUUGCAAAGGCGCCAUACCACGACGCGGUCCAUCCCGGAAAGGCAAGUGAGGUUUAUGGGGAUGGGGCUUAUAUUCCGUAUGACAAUACUGAGAAGAAAAUCAAGGAAUAUGCCGUUCUUUGUUAUGUUUAAGUUCUUUGCCAGUGUGUUCUUGGGGGGGAAGGAAGUCUUGGCAAAUUCUAGAAAUGCUUAUCUGCUUUGUGAAUCAUACCUUGUAUAAUCAUGUAUCGUCGUAGCUGUAAAUGAACUGUUGAACAUUGAACAACACG